GAGAAUCGAAGAUCGAAGCAGAACAAAGAAAUGUUAGAAAAAUCGAGCUUGUUCAGUCACUAAUGGCGUUUGAAAUUCCAACUUCUCUGAUCCGUCAAGUGCAGAUUGCACUACGUGAAGAGGCUGGUCUCUCUUCUUACGAUCCAGAUGAUCCUUCCCUCCCCAACUUACCUUCCAUCGAAGAAUCACUUGCGGAAUUCGAUCCUUCACCGCCUUAUCUUCGAUGCAAGCAAUGCAGAGGAAGACUUAUCAGAGAUCUGCAAUCGAUAGUUUGCAUCUAUUGUGGCGCUCAACAGAGAAAAGAACUACCUCCAGAGCCUCUGCCAUUUAAAACAACUUUUGGGUAUCGAUGGUUGCUCGAAUCUCUGGACUUGGAUGGAUCUGAGACUGUUGACUUGUCUUCUGGAGUGAAUGGUUCAACUAAAAGCCAGAAUGUAUCCAAGGAGGAGUUGGUUUUGUCUGAUCUUUUGGAUAUAAAAUUACAUUGGCUUGCUGAGCCAGAGAAAAUUGAAAGUAGCUUUACAAACAAGGCACCAAUCCAGAUUAAAAGCUCUUUGAACUUUGCAGGAGUUGACUUUGACUACUUUUUCUCUGAAACAAAGAACGAGGCUGUUCCUAGUGGGUCAAAGGAAGAUUUAGUUUCCAAUGAGCAAAUCAAUAAGGAAAUGCAAACAUUUCCCGGUCAGGGAAGUCUUAAUUUGUUUGAGAAUGUUCAGUCUUCUGAUAAUGCACCAAGGCCAGUAACAACUGUGGAUGAUGGUGACCCUUUUUCUGAUUGGACGGCUGAGUUCCAGUCUGCCAGUUCUGGAACUUUUCCUGGGGACUCCAAAUUUGAUCCUUUUCUGGGUUCUUCUACCAUUAAUGCCACUAGUGCUAUGGAGGCAGCCUUUGUUCCUGAGGAAGAUGUAAACUUUAAAAUUGAUGGCAGUGACAAUGAUGUAAAACUAAAGAACGAUUCAGUUCCUUUAGCUUCUAAAAGUGAUGACUGGGUUCAAGGUAAUAUGUGGGAUACUUCCAGCACCAAGAUAUCUGGCAAGACUGAGCAGUUUGAGAUGAAAAAUGACACCAAUCAUGUUGAACCUAAAACCAACUCAAAAAAUCUCUCCUCCAGUGGUGAUAACUGGUUUCAAGAUGAUCUAUGGCAAAACAGUGGUAUGAAAGUGGCCGAGAGUGAAAGAAUUGAUGAAGAUGAUGAUUCCUCGGAUGCUUGGCAUGAUUUUACAAGCUUAGGAAAUGUGCCAGAUCCCUUUUCAAAUCCUUCAAAAGUGACUGGCUCUGCGACAACCAACUCUGUUGCACAAGCUUCGGAAACAAGCAUGGUGGGCUUAUCGGACUUCAAUGAAAUGGACUUUUUCAGCCUUUCCGGAGCAUCAAGUCUUAAAAAUCUGUCGACAGAGGUCAAUGAUAUGAAAUUAGAAGCUUCAGUUUCAGACAGGAUGGUGGAAAUGGAUGUCCAAACUGGAGCUGUUGCCAAGAAAGGAGGCAGUGUAGAUGGGAGUCCAACUACAACCAUGCAAUCAGAAGCUGCUGAUCCCAAUGUAGAGAGGUUGAUAAACGAGAUGCCUGACCUCUCCUUCAUGCUUGAGAAAGACCUUAAAAUCCCUCCAAAAUGAUGGUUUUGAUUCAUUUUUUGUGAAAUUAAACCCAUUUGUUUGUUUUGAGCAUUUAUAAUGUCAGGUUAGUUCUCCCUCUGUGUUGUAAAUCCAAUUUUUUUAGAUCUUGUAUUGCCUCUUCUUUUUAAUGGAGCAAAUUAGAUCCUUCCCUAA